AUGAAUCUCCGGAGAUCUACCCGUAUAAGAGGUCCGCCAAAGGAUCUAUUUGAGGGAGAUUUCAUUGGGAACCACCUCCAUUCAUCUUCAAUUUUUGUUGGUGGGUAUAUGCCUCGGUCAACUUCAAAAGAUAACCACAAGGAACAAGAUGCAAAUAAAGUUGCAUCAGGAGCUUCUACUUCAUCUUCUACAAAGAGAAAUUCAAAUGAUUCAAACCUAAUUGAACACCAAGAUGAAGUGUUAAUGGCCGAGGCAACAAACUUGGCUACCUCCCCAAAUGCAAAUUUGGAUUUCCUGUCCAAGCUGGUUCCAUCAGGGGAGGUUCUAGCUUUUGGCGAGGAUAACUUUGUUCAGUUUGAGGAGACUGGAGUCAGGGAAGCCCGAAAUGCUGCAUUUGUUCUGGUUGCAGGGGGGCUCGGGGAACGGCUUGGGUACAAUGGAAUAAAGGUGGCUCUUCCUUCAGAAUCUACGACUGGAACAUGCUUCAUACAGCACUACAUUGAGUCCAUUCUAGCUCUACAAGAUGCUAGCUGUAGAUUUGUGCAAGGUGAAUGCCGAAGAGAGAUUCCUUUUGUUAUAAUGACAUCAGAUGAUACACAUUCACGUACUUUAGAGCUGUUAGAAUCAAAUGAUUAUUUCGGAAUGAAGCCUACACAAGUAACACUUUUGAAGCAGGAAAAAGUUGCUUGCUUAGGUGAUAAUGAUGCCAGGCUUGCUAUGGACCCACUUAAUAAAUACAGAAUUCAGACAAAACCUCAUGGCCAUGGUGAUGUUCAUUCACUUCUUUAUUCAAGUGGCCUUCUAAAAGUAUGGCAUGUUGCUGGUUUAAGAUGGGUUCUGUUUUUCCAAGAUACAAAUGGACUUCUGUUCAAGGCCAUUCCAGCAUCAUUGGGCGUUAGCGCAACCAAGCAAUACCAAGUGAAUUCUCUUGCUGUCCUUCGCAAAGCUAAAGAAGCCAUUGGAGGCAUAGCCAAGCUUAUCCAUGCAGAUGGAAGGACGAUGGUGAUUAAUGUGGAAUACAAUCAGCUUGAUCCUCUGCUUAGAGCAACUGGACAUCCUGAUGGGGAUGCCAAUUGUGAAACAGGCUAUUCUCCUUUUCCUGGAAACAUAAAUCAAUUGGUUUUUGAACUUGGCCCUUACAUUGAGGAGCUUACAAAAACUGGAGGUGCUAUAAAGGAGUUUGUAAACCCCAAAUACAAAGAUUCUAGCAAAACUGCAUUUAAAUCUUCUACUCGGCUAGAGUGUAUGAUGCAAGAUUAUCCCAAAACAUUGCCUCCAUCAGCAAGGGUUGGAUUUACAGUGCUGGAUACAUGGCUUGCUUAUGCUCCCGUGAAGAACAACCCUGAAGAUGCUGCUAAGGUACCCAAGGGAAAUCCAUAUCACAGCGCUACUUCUGGAGAAAUGGCUAUUUAUAGGGCGAACAGCCUCAUUUUAAGAAAGGCUGGUGUUAAGGUCGAUGAUCCAGUAAAACAGGUGUUCAAUGGACAGGAGGUUGAAGUAUGGCCCCGUAUCACAUGGAAGCCCAAAUGGGCAAUUACUUUCACAGAAGUUAAAAGCAAAGUGAGCGGAAGCUGUUCCGUAUCUCAGAAAUCUACCAUGGUGAUCAAGGGUCGUAAUGUCUUAGUUGAAGAUCUCUCCUUGGAUGGAACUCUUGUCAUUGAUGCUGUUGAAGGUGCAGAUGUAAAAGUUGGAGGUUCGGUGCAAAACAAGGGUUGGAUCAUGGAAAUUGUCGAUUACAAAGAUGCUUCAGCACCAGAGGAUGUGAGGAUCAGAGGUUUCAAAAUAAACAAGGUUGAACAGUUGGAAAAGACUUACAAUGAGCCUGGAAAGUUCUCCUUAAAGUUCUGA